AUGAAGUUCUCAGUCGCUAUCUUCGCUAUCUUCAGCACCGUCGCCAUGGCGGAACUUACCAAGGUUCCCCGGUCGCAGAAGGCGGUUGCCCGACAGGCCGACGCAGCGGCGCAAGUCCAGACCGCCGUCAUGGCUAGUGCUGAUGGAGGUAUCGUUCCUUUUGAUACCGCCGGCGUCUACAAGGCCAGCACCGACAAGGGCUUGUAA